AUGCGCGACACCAGUGAUCCUACGACGCUUCGCAUCGGCGACCUUUACUGGAAGCAAGAUGGGCCGACGCAAUGGACGCUGGCGAAGCUUCUAUCGCAGCAAGAAAAUGGCACAGCCACGGUCGGGCUCGUCGAUGAGACCACCGGUGCGCUCCUGCCCAACGAAGAGCACGACGUCGAGGCCGCGCAGCUGCGUCCGGCCAACCCGCUCAAGAGCCACUGCGCCGACAUGACGUCGCUGCGCUACUUGCACGAAGCCGCGCUGGUCAAGAACUUGCACGACCGAUGGAUGGCCACGGAUCGCCUCACGUACACGGCCAUGUCCAACGUGCUCAUCGCAGUCAACCCGCUCAAGGUGCUGCCCCACCCGGAGAAGGCCGCGAUCGUGCGCGACUCGCUGGACAAGUCGCCGCCGCAUCCGUACCAAGUCUCCGAGAGCGCCUAUCGCCAAAUGCGCACGGUCAAGAAGAACCAGUCGAUCAUCAUCUCGGGCGAGAGCGGGUCGGGCAAGACCGAGACGUCCAAGAUCAUCUUGGACUACUUGACCGCGCGGUCGGGCCUCGAGGCAAGUGCCAAGACGACGCGCUCCAAGCAAGUCGACUUUGAGCAUGUGCUCGGCGACCAGCUCAUGGAGACGAUCCCGAUUCUCGAGUCGUUUGGCAAUGCGAAAACGCACCGCAACCACAACUCGUCGCGCUUUGGCAAAUACAUGCGCCUCCAGUUCACACCCAAGGACGCCAGCGCCAAGAACUCGGUCUUGCGGCUCUCGGGCGCGUCCAUCGACACGUACCUCCUCGAAAAGUCCCGCCUCGUCAUGCCGCCCGAGGGCGAGCGCAACUUCCACGUGUUCUACGAACUCCUUCGGUCGGGCGACGCGCCGCUGCUCGAGUCCCUCAAGCUCGUGCCGAAUCCGUACGACGACAAAAUCAAGGGCAACGACGUCGAAGACCAUAUGGGCACGUACCGGUACCUCAACGUCUCGGGCUGCGUGACGGCGAGUAACAUGGACGACCGCAACAACUUUGCGCGGCUCAUUGGCGCCUUUGAGAAGAUUGGCAUCGACACGAAAGAGCUCACGCGCGUCGUCGCGGGGCUUCUCCACCUCGGCAACGUGACGUUCGAGGAAGAGGACACGAACCAAGGCAUGACGGCGACGCUCUCGACGUCGCCCGAGAUGGACGACGCGCUCUCGAUAUCGGCCGACCUCCUCGGGCUGCGCGCCGACACGCUUCUCAACGUCAUGACGAGUCGUCGCAUCUCGCGCCAAAACUCUGCCGGCGGCACCGACCGGCGGCAGACGUUCCAGCGGCAAGCGUCCGUGUACGUGGUCAAGAAGGACGUCAAGCAAGCGAGCUACUCGCGCGACACGAUCGCCAAGAUGAUCUACGAACAAGUGUUUGGCUGGCUCAUGCGCAAGUGCGCGGCCGCGCUCAAGUACAACGCCGAUGCGCAAGACGUCUUGCCGUACAUUGGUGUCCUCGAUAUCUUUGGUUUCGAGGAUUUCGAGCCGAUGAACCGGAACUCGUUUGAGCAGCUCUUGAUCAACUACGCCAACGAGACGCUCCAAGACAUGUUCAACGUGUGCAUCCUCAAGGCCGAGCAAGAGCUGUACCAAGCCGAGCACGUCUUUGCACCGCAAAACAUUGGCCUCCGGUUUGCGUUCGACCCGAGUACCUUUGCGACGACAUCGAUCCCGCGCCGCCUCGACGAGCUCUCGACCGAGAUUCACUACGACGACAACCACGAGUGUCUCUCGCUCAUUGCGGGUCGCUACGACAGCAUCUUUGCGACACUCGACACGGUCGGCAUUCUUGCCGGGUCGUCCGAUAAGAAGCUCAACGAGAAGCUCCACCAAACGUUCAAGAAGCACCCGUGCUUUCCGCUGCCGCACCCCAAGGAUGCGCACCACGACUUUUGCAUCAAGCACUUUGCCGGCACGGUGCACUACCGCAUCGACUCGUUCAUUGACAAGAACAACAACGUGACGUCGGUGCAGUUCCAAGAUCUUAUCCAUAGCUCGACGCUCAACGUGCUCAAAGAGACGGUCUUUUCGUCGCGCAACGUCGGGAGCAUCUCGAAGAUGUUUUCGCAGCAGAUGAAGGGCCUUGCGGCCGAGCUCGACAGCACGCGCUGCAACUUUAUCCGGUGCAUCAAGCCCAACGCAGCGAUGGACGCGACGCUCUUUGACCGCGACAGCGUCUUGAGCCAACUGCGCUGCUCGGGAACCGUCCAAGCCUGCCAGGUGCUGCAGGUCGGCCUCCCGACGCGCGUCGCAUACCAUGAGCUCCUUGCGGUCUACGCGCCAUUGGUGCCGCCGUCGUUUCUCGCCAAGUACGAGACGCAGCCAAGGUUGUUUACGCAGGGACUUUGCCACGCCCUCGAGAUUCCGCUCGACGCGGUGCGGUUUGGCGAGUCGCGUCUCUUCUUCAAGGCCGGCAAGGUCGACUUGCUCGACAAGCUCUUGAACGCGACCGAGUGGAUUUCCGUCGACUUGCUCGUCAUGACGCUCAACAAGUACCUCGUCAAGAAGCGCUGGCUUCGCGCUGUCACCAAAGUCAUGGUCGCCAAGGCAUUCGAGAAGCUCUUCCUCGCGAGUCAAAUGCGGCACAAGGCGAUCAAGCUGCAGUGCUGGUGGCGCCAGCGCCGUGCUUGCCGCCGCAUCGAAGCGAUCCGCAAGACGCUGCGCAUUUCGCGCCUGUGGAGCCGCAUGAAGGACAAGCUCCUCGUGCAAUCCGCGUUCGAGGGCCGCGUCGAGGAGAAGAUGACGCUGCUGCACGCCCUCCUCCUUCGAAAGGACGUCAAACAAGACUCCAAGUGGCUCCUCCAGUGGCUUGGCCCGCUCCAGCGCACCAUGUACGUCCAGAAGCUCGGCAAGGCGGCGUGCAUGACGUACCUCGCCAAGCGCGCCUUUGUCCAGCUCCUCGAGCAUGUCCGGGAAAAGCGCGCGUCGAUCGCGCUCCAGUCGCAGGUCCGGCGGUACCUUGCGGUCAAGGAGGCCAACGCGCUGCGCAAAAAGAUGCAAGCGCAAAAGCACUGGCGCAAGAUGCGUCUCUGGCUCACGGCGUCGGCCAAGCUCGUGGGGCUCUUCCGCCGCGUGCACCUCACGCGUCUCGAGCUCGACAAUGCGCGCUUGGUCACCGAGAUCGACGCGUUCAAAUCGGAGGUGGCGGCGGCGCACGCCCAGGCGGCGGCAGUCGCAUUCGACGCCAAGGAGGCGGCGGCGGCGCAUGCAUCGAGCAAGGCCCAGUACGAAGCCUCGAUGGACGCACUCGAAGCCAAGCUCGCGCAAGCCGACGUGCAGAUCCAGUGGCUCGACCAGGAAAAUGUGGACAAGGACAGCAAGAUCCUCGAGAUGCGCAUGGAGGCCAAGGACCUCAACGACGCGAUCGCGGACGCCGAGACGACGCUCGAGUGGACGAUUUCCAAGAAGGACACGACGAUCACGUCCCUUCAAGGCGAACUCGCGACCUUGGGCGCCAAGCUCGACGCGCUUCAGGCGGAGCACGCGGCGUGUGCGUCCGUCGCGGUCCGCUUGGAAGAAGCCACCGACGCGCUCGAUGCGCUCCAAGAAGAAUUCGACGACGCAAUUGCUGCCAUGGACGCCAAGAUGACGCAGCAGUCGGCGGACGCGGCGACCGAGCACGCCAUGGACAUCGAACGUCUCGAAGCGGCACUGGCUGCUGCCGACGCGGCCCGCGUUCACGCGGAAGACCUCCACGCAGCAGCCAUGGUCGACCACGCGGUGCAGAGCCAGGCCUUGGAAACGACGCAGGAAACGAUGCGUGCCGAGCACACGGCGGCGGUGGAGGCUCUCGAAGCGCAACUGGCGACUGCCAACGCGCAGCUGGUCGAGGCCAAGACGUCUCAUGAAGAGGCCGUCGCCGCGCAUGAAGAGAUGCUGAUCGCAUUCGGCGCCAAGGUCGAUGAACAAAUGGCAGCGCACGACGCGGCGAUCGCAGAGCUCGACUCCAAGCUCGACGCGGCCGACGACGCGCGCGCGGACUUCGAAGCGCAGCUGGCCGAAGCGGCGGGGGCGCAUGAAGCCGCGGCGGCCGAGCACGCGUCGCGCGUCAAGAAGCUUGAGACCAAGCUCAGCAUCCAUGCGGCGCUGCGUGAGACGAUGAAGAUCGAGCAUGAGAAGCGUGUCACUAGCCUUGAAGAGAAGCUGGCCGCCGCCGAGACGCAGCGUGACACCUUUGAGACGCAGCUUGCUGAAGCCACUGUGGGCCACGCGAUCAAGAUCCAGUCGCUGGAAGCCAAAAGCGUCGAGUCAUCGGGUGCCAUGGCGACCAUGGCCACCGAGCACGCGGCUGCGAUUGCUGUCCUUGAAGCCAAGGUCUCGGGAGCGGACGCGCGGCGCAAGUCGAUCAAGGAGGAGCUGCGCGCAGCACUCGCUGAGCAUGCAACGGAGAAGGCUGCGCUUCAAGCUUCGAUCUCGGAGACGACGGCUGCAAAGCUUGCUGUCGAGACGACGCUUGCAGCCUCGACAGAGCAGCUUGCGACGCUCACGGCUAGUCGCGACGCGGCGAUCUCGUCGCAGACGUCCACGACAAGCGAGCUUGCUGCUGAAAUCGCUGAGGCAAAGACCGCGACAGCUGCUGCCGAGGCCGCCAAGGCCAAGUGCGACUUUACGAUCGCUACUUUGGAGACUCAAGUCGCGAACCUCACUGCGGUCAACGAAGCGUCCGUGGCGACGACUGCAGAACACCAGGUGGCGUUGGCCGAACUGACGGCCGCAAAGUCGACUGUCGAGACGCAGCUCCACGACGCUACUACUGCUGUGGAGGCUGUCCAGGCCGAACGCGACGCGAUUGCGGCGUCGGUUGCUGCACUCGAGUCGUCGUUGCGCGAGGCGUCGACUCGUCAGGCGGCUGCGCAUGCCGAAGUCGAGGCUGCGCUCGCUGCCAAGGCGACUGCUCUGGCUGCUUUUGACGGCAAAAUGGCCCAAGACGCGGCGUCGUUGGCGGCUCUCAAAGAGCAAUUGCACGAAACCAGUGCGAACCACGCGGCGACCGUAGCACGUCUCGAGACGGAGCUCGACCAGACCCGCGCCCAGCUGACGGAGACACGAACGGCUCACGACGCCACGAUCGCGGCGUUGCAAGCCGCGCAAGCCACGGCCACUGCGCAGCACGAUGCGGCGUUGGCCACGCUUCAAGCCUCGCUGACCGAUGCGAACGACCGGCAUGCGGAGCUUUUGGCGGCCGAGGCAAGUCGCACGCGCGCUGCUGAAGCCGCUCUUGCCGAUGCGAAUGCAGAGCGCGGUGCCGUCGAAAGCAAGCUGGCGGAGGCCCUCAAAGCCGAAUACGAGGCGGCCCUUGCGAGGACAGCGGCGGCGUCGACGGCUGACUUGGAGGCUAAGCUUCAUGCCGCCGAAGCCCAGCGUGCUGCGCUCGAAGCGGAUCGCGAUGCGCGUGCGGCGCAGCUCCUCGACGCCAUCGAUGCUGUGCAGGUCGCCAAGACCGAGCACAACGCUGCUCUCGCCGAGGUAACUGCGGAACUUCGCGCGCUCAAGGCCCAGUACGUGACGCUCGAGGCUGUCAAGAACGAGCGUGACGUUGCUGCCGAAGGGCUGGCUCAAAUGGUGCGUCAGCUCCAGGAAGACAAGGACGCGCAUCAGGACCGCGCCCAGAACCUGGAGACGCAGCUCAUCAAGCUCGAAGAGGAGCUCGUCGCGGACAAGGCAACCAUUGCGACGCAAGUGGCCAUGAUCAAGUGCCUUCAAGUCGCUCCCCGCGCUGUUGCGGCUGUCUCGUCGGUGGCGGCGAGUGCGGUUCUGGCGGCCGCCCCCAGCGAGAGCGCCAACGUCAAGUCGCAUGAGAGCAAGCUAGCGACGCUCCAAGAACAGUUGGAGACGCUGCGCACCGUGCAUAAGUCGGCGCUGGGUCGCGACAUUGACGUUGACGCAAUGGAACUGGCCGCGAAGUGCGCCACUAUGAUCAAGACAGACGUGGCGCCGGUAGUCGAGGCGACGGCGCCCAAGACGCGGUCGCUUCCGUCGGGCACGCUCUCGCGGUCGAUCCAGACGGGCUCGGCGGCUGAAAUCGAAAAGCUCAAGGCCGAGAUCAAGGAGCGGGAGGACCGUCUCCGCGAACUGACCAAGACUGACCCUCACUCGACGCGUGGUGCGGGCUUCCUCGCCUCCAAGUCGACGGCGACCAUGGCGCUGCUCCUCACGGUGUUUUGCGUCAAGGAGCUCGUCGCGCUCCGCUUCAAGUAGAUAUAAUACUACAUCGACAUGUAAUACAGAGUCCAUUACGACUG